AUGCAUUUUUCCUCUGACCGUAAGCGCUCUGUGUGUAUAUCGUUUCGUUGAAAAGUGUGUGUUUUUUUUGUACAAAACAUUCCAACAUUAAAAUUCGUCUACACAUCAUUACAUAAAAAAAAACAGAGACUUUUGUGCAUUUUUAUUUAUAUUUUGCGUCCCGUUAAAACGUUGACUAUUGUCGGGAGUCGAUACCAUCGAUGUAUAUUUAAAAUAGAGUCAUGGAUUGAAUGCGCUUGAAGGAUAGCAAAAAGAAAAAUUGGAACAUCUUCUGAUAUUCGUAAUGUAAAAUAUAAUACUGCAAUGCAUCGACGAUAAAUGCGAAAGACGAAUGUUGUCCUAGAUUCGUGUUUGUGCAGAAAACUUAAGAAACCAGUUUCGUUGCGUACGAACAAGUUAAACAAAAAAAAAUAUUCAGAAUCUCACAGCAAACAAACGAAAUUAAAUUUACAAAAAUUUGUGUUCGGAACGUGUGUGAUUGUGGUGUAUAAUUAAUUAACCGUAGAAAUAAUGAUGACACCGAGAUUCAAUUUAAUCGGGGUGUUCGCGAUAAGUCUAUUGUGUAUUUUGCUAAUAUUCGCCAGUCAACGAUUCGCAUCAAAUAGCUACUAUGCCACGGAAUACUACAAACCAGGUGAUAAACAGGGAUACAGGCUGUCAAAGUCGAAUAAGCAUUUAGCUACGCAUAACAGUAACAAAAAUUUUGAAUCGACAGUACCAACGUACAAUAUGACUGUGACCAUUGCUGACAUACUGAAUGCUCAACGGCAAAAAAUUGUCGAAGAAAUGGAAUUUUUCGAAUAUCCUCGGGAUAGUGAGAAUCUGGCAGCUCUAACACCCGAAACCAAUGGCAUACCAUUCCGGAGUGUCAUCAUCACCACUUGGCGAUCGGGCUCAACGUUCCUGGGCGAUAUUCUGAACGCAAUGCCGGGCAAUUAUUAUCACUACGAACCGUUGCUGGAUUUUGAUAUUAUCCAGGUUCGUGGCGCACCGCAUGCGAAACGGGCCAUUUAUAAUUUGAAGCAGUUGCUGAAAUGUAACUACACUGACAUGAAGGAUUAUUUAGACUUUGGCGCCGAACAUGACUACCUGUUCACGCACAACACUCGGUUGUGGAAGUAUUGCCGCUUGUAUCCGCAACACUGUUGGGAUCCUAAUUUCCUGACGCCAUUCUGUAAACUUUUUCCACUACAAAGCAUGAAAGUCGUACGACUUCGGUUGGCCCUAGCCGAACAGUUGCUCAACGAUCCGCAUUUGAAUGUGCGCAUCGUGCUGUUGAUACGUGAUCCGCGCGGUACUAUGCAAUCACGUAAGCAUCGGGACUGGUGCCCGGGCAAUUCCGAUUGCGAUCAAGCUCACAUUUUAUGCAAAGACAUGGUAUCCGAUUACUAUGCGGCCGAAAUUCUGUCGAAAAAGUAUCCGCAAAAUUUCAAAGCCGUUCGGUACGAGGAUCUGUCACUGGAUCCGUUCAAAAUGACCGAAGAAAUAUUGAAUUUUUACGGACUGCCGCUGGAUCCGAUGGUGGAGGAAUUUUUGGACACGCACACCCGGAACAACAUCGGUGGCGUGUCGUCGACGUUCCGUGACUCGAAAUCGGCACCGUUCCAUUGGAUGCGCGAUUUGACGUUUGAGGAAAUCGAAACGAUUCAGAAUAGUUGUACGAAAGCAAUGGAACUGUGGCGGUAUAAGAAAAUGGAUGACCAGCAAUUGUACGAGGAUAAGUUAUUCAAUCCAAUUUUAUCGUUUCCGUUUUCGUGAAGCCUUGAUGUGCUGAUAGUUGGUAAGGAAACGGUGAUUUAAUUUAUUUAAAUGAAAAUUCAAUAAUGUUACUAGUGCCUAAAUUAGAGCAGAUCAUGACAUAUAAGGCUUCUUAGCGAAACAAAAACAAAACAACAAGCAAAGAAACAAAAGACAAAAUGCAAUUGAAUGUAUUAGUUUAUGAGCCAGUCACGAUUAUUCUCAUAAGUUUUAUAUUAUCGAAUUUGCAUAUUAGACAUACAAAAAGAAAGAAAAAAAAAGAUGAGAGAGAUAGAUAGAGGGAGAGAAAAGAAGGAGAAGAAAAACAAAACAAAAAAAUUAUUAUUUCUUUUGUCUAUAAUUUUAUCUUUUUUUAAGUUUAUACUAAAAAAUGCUGUGAUUUUUUAUGUUCUCUACUUUAAUAAUACUUUUCGUUUUCCGUUUUUAUUUUUUGUAAUUUUUAUUUUUCAAUUGGGUUGCAUUAUACUGUGCGUCCGCAAAUUUAUUCUCUUCUUAGUAAAAUUUAUUAGUUUCUCUCAGCAAUAUGCUGACCAUUUCAUCACAAUUUUAUUUGAAAGUUUUUGCUUUCAGUCGACAGACUUAUAAGUGGAUACGGUCAUCAAACGUAUUUUUCAAGGUCAUCGGACACACUGGAGGGAGAUACUUCCUCUAGUGUUAGUGAUGUAAAUUCAGUGUAUUCCCUAAGGCAAAGUGCUACGACUACGACUACAGAUAUUUUCUUCCACAAAAUGUACGUUAAAGCCACAACUUUCUUGAGAUCCUUUACUAAUGUCCUAAAGAUAAGACUUUACCGAAAAUACCGAUGUAACAUGUCAGAUGUAGGAUUGACUUAUGAGACUCAAAUUCUUCGUACUAUGAAUAUGUGCAGUGUAGUUAAAAGUCGCCGGACAUGCAAACAAUAGAUCAAACAAAAGAACAAUAGAAAUGUAUAUUGUUCCUUUGUUGUUAUAUCUAUUGUUAUCUUGUUCGGUAACUUUUCGACGUACAUUUAUCGCUACCUAUAGCGACACGAAGGAAUCAUAAUUCUAAUUUUUCUUUUCCUUUUCUGGCAAGUGCGACAAUAUAACAAAAGAAAUAUUUGAAUUAGGUCUCUUUCGCAUUGCUACAGUAAGUCGUACAAUUUUUCGUCAUAUCGGCGAAUGAGUCGCAAAUUAUACGAGUAUUGUGAUGAAAAUAUACAAAUGUACGCUUUACAUUCUUCGCACGAGACAUAAAAUUUGAGUUUCAAACGUAAACCUCAAUCGUACCUAAACUUUUAUACGUUGGCAUCAGUAUUUUUAGUUCUUUCCGUGUACCAACUCACACCAAUUCAUCGACCUCAGAUUGCAAUAUGCCUUUUAAAAUACGUCUCAUAGCAAAACAAUUAUGUCGAUUGAAAUCUUUGAAGACACAUCAAAAAUACCUUUAAAGUGUGACCUUUUUUAGUGUAUCAUUUUCCACUUUUAAGAUUCGCCAAUCGAAGGAAAUGAUUAAAACUACGCACUGAAAACACUUCCUCUAGCUACACAUAGCAACGCAAAAGAGAUCUAUUUCAAAUUUUUCUUUUGUUCUCGUGUCAAGUGUGACAGUAUAACAAAAGAAAAAAAUUAAAUAAGGUGUCUUUGGCGUUGCUAUAUGUUUGCCUGAAAUAAGUCCGCUAUUACUGUGACAAUUUAAUAGACUUGCUGAUCAAAUAUUUGCUGGAAAAAGAAAAAGUUUGCUAGCUAGAAGCGUACAUGCCUGUCAGUUACAUUUCGAUACGGCUGAAAUAUCUUGUCAUCAAAAACUAAUUUUCUAUUUCUUCUAACAAUCAAGUCGGAACUCUAAUUAAUUUAAUUAUUUUUUUCCUCUACGUGUUCGUUACGACAGUGUUACGACGACAUAUACGCUCUCAUGGGCCGCAUUAAUAUCUGAAACAAAAUUAGAUUAUUUUCCCUAAUUAAAGUUAACCAGAGAGUUGUAUGCGUCAACGUGGAACGUGAAAAAACUAAUCCGCAGUUCCGAUGAUGUCGUUAGAAAAUUAGUUUUUAACUUUCUUUUAGAUCAUCUUUUUGUUGUUCAAGGUAGAGUUUCAUGUCUACAUUGAAAAUCUGGUUGUUUUUAAUGUCAAAUGGUAAAAUUCUUGUUAUUAUCAACAGCUUCGCGACGACAAUUAUCAACUCUUUCGGAUGAUAGAAUAAAACUUGAAUAUUUCGCUUGAUAAAAACGAAGUGUUGUUGUUGUUAUUUUAAUGUCGCGAUGGUCGCGGUGAUGAUUGUCUAAUGGUAUAUGAUUUCAGUUGUUGCUUUUUUUUCGUAAAUUUUAUUUGAUUGAUGACGUUAUAUAUUUGAAUUGAACAAACAAUCGUAUAAAUAUUGACGAGAGUGUAUUUUAUCGUUGAACGACCUUACAGCACAUUACCGUGGCAAAUCAUCAAGGUAAAACUGAGCUUUGAUCGAAAAACUAUUUUGGUUUUUUGUUUUCGUUCCGUUAGAAUCCAUGGCGAACAUUUGUACAAUUUAUGACGAACAGAACAUUCUCGAAAUAAAGACCUUUCCUAACACGGAAAGAAAUCCUAACAAAACUAUGACUUAAGCGCUUAAUCAUUAGAUUCUGCAGAGUGUUUUGCAAUACAGAGGCCGUUAUAAAGCACAAUGUGAAGUGAGGUCAACUUUGAGUAUAAGUCUUGUAACACGUUCACUAGCUUAUUUCAAGGGUACUGUCACCUUUUAAAUUUCACUCAAGCAAACUUAAAAAAAAACAGUUUAGUUACGCACCAGAAAAUAUUGUUAAGAAAUUAUGCUCAUUUUGUCACAACAUUCUUUGUAAAAAAAACUCAGUGAAAAAAGACCCAAUCAGAAUCUUAAUGUGUCAUCAAUUAGGGAUAUCUUUUCUUUAGCAAAACAAAAACUCAAAGUUAAACAUGACGUAGCGUAAGGGCACCGAUUACGAACCCUCUCGCGUUACGAGCGCUGAAAGAGAAAAACGAAUGGUACAACUCUGCGUGUGAGAGAGACAAAAAAGGCACUCGUAACUGGUGCCAUUAACCAUGGUUAAAAAUACAAUUCUCUACAAACAGCGAAGAUUUCAAUCGGAGAGAUUAAAAAUGCUGUAAAAUUCGUUCUUUGUGCAUUGUGCCGUAAUAUUGAAUCUUUUAGCAAAAUGAAAAAAAUAUACUCCAGCUGCGAAACGGUCGUAGCUAUGCAGAUACAUGGGGUGUCAGUGUUACCGCUGAAGUGGGUUUAUUUUUGCUUCUAUAUUCUACAAUGGUUCGUUUAUUGCCAUUGUCUGGAAUUAUGUAGACAAUUAGGCUGGAGACUACGGGAUUUAUUGAGGAUUUUAAAGCUAAUAAAUUU